AUGGGAUCAUCGUCAACUUGGACUAAUAAUAAUGUUGAUGAAGGAAAAGAUGAAAACACUGAAGAAAAAGAAAGGACUUCAGAGCCGAAAACUUUCUCUUGCAAUUUUCGCAAGAGAGAGUUCUCGUCCUCUCAAGCCCUUGGUGGGCACCAAAAUGCCAACAAACAAGAGCGUGCGAUAGCGAAACGUCGCCAAGGGAUGGACACGGGCGCUUUUGGUCACCCUCACUUUCCAUAUUACCCUUACCAUAGCUUUUCCACACCAUCUUUAUAUGGGUCCUAUAAUAGGACACUUGGGGUAAGAGUUGAGUCCAUGAUUCACAAACCUUCUUAUCCUUGGUCUGCCGGUCUUAGGUUCGGUCGUAAUCAUAAUUGGUCAACGCAGGGGAUUCUAGGUUCAUCAUCAUCAUUAGCACUUGAUAGGUUAAGUAUUGAGGGUUUGCAACCAAAUAAUGAAGUAGGCGGGGUUAGUGGAAUUCAAGCAAGUUCUUCAAAUUUGAGAAAAGAAGAUGAUAAUGAUGGUAAUGGAACUACUUCCCAAUUAGGAGAUUCUUCUACCAACAAUGUUGCUACAAGUCUCACUCGCCAUGCAAAGGAUGAUCAGGAUUCCAAGCCAGAUAAUGAACCCUCUAGUUCUGAGUCUCCAGGGCUUGAUUUGUCACUCAAGCUUUUUAAGUUUGAACUUUAA